GUAGGUGUACCAAGCUCAUAGGCCUCAAGUUCCACGAGGAAGCUUGCGGCUUCGCUUCACCCAUGGCGGCCGGCCGCCUCUCGUCCGCGGUACUGCUCCUGCUCAACAUGGCGGGCGCGCUGCUUGCCCCGCGCGGCGCUCUUCAUCCGGGCCCGCCCGCCGCCGUCGCCGAGGACGACGCGGACGUGGAAUUCUUCUUCUUCCCGUUCCUGGUCCUCUACAAGAGCGGCCGCGUGCAGCGCUUCAUGGGCACGGACACCGUGCCGGCCGCCACGGACCCGGCCACGGGCGUCGCCUCCAGGGACGUGGUCGUCGACGCCGCCGCCGGCCUCGCCGUGCGCCUCUACCUGCCGAGCCUCGCCACCAACUCCACGGCGGUGGGGGCGGAAGGAGGCAGGCUGCCGCUCGUCGUGUUCUACCACGGCGGCGCGUUCGUCACGGAGUCCGCCUUCUCGCCGACGUACCAUAGGUACCUGAACACGCUGGCGUCCAGGGCCCGAGUGCUCGCCGUGUCCGUGGAGUACCACCUCGCGCCCGAGCGCCGCCUCCCCACGGGCUACGACGACGCGUGGGCGGCGCUCCGGUGGGCGCUCGCGGACGCGCGGUCGACCGGGCCGGGAGCCGGAGCCGACCCCUGGCUGUCGCGGCACGCGGACCCGGCGCGGCUCUUCCUGGCCGGCGACAGCGCCGGCGGCAACAUCGCGCACAACAUGGCGAUGCGCGCGGGUCGGGAGGGCCUGGAGGGCGGCGCUGCCAUCCGGGGCCUCGCGCUGCUGGACCCCUUCUUCUGGGGGAAGCGCCCCGUGCCGUCGGAGACGAGGGACGAGGACACGCGGCGGUGGCGCGAGCGGACGUGGAGCUUCGUGUGCGCGGGGCGCUACGGGAUCGACGACCCGGUGAUCAACCCGGUGGCCAUGCCGCCGAAGGAGUGGCGGCGGCUCGCCUCCGCGCGCGUGCUGGUCACCGUGGCCGGGCUGGACAUGCUGAGCGCGAGGGGCCGCGCGUACGUCCGCGCGCUCCGGGAGAGCGGGUGGCGCGGCGAGGCGGAGCUGUACGAGACGCCCGGCGAGCAGCACGUCUACUUCCUCGACAAGCCCGACAGCGAGAAGGCGGCCAAGGAGAUGGAGGUCGUGGUGGACUUCAUCAAGGGCGGCCAAGGGAGCUCCACAUCUUUAAGUAUGGACGAGUGAAAAAGCUGCUUGUUUCAAGAUGCCAAGAACCACGCAAGAAAUCUACGACUUGUUACCAGGCUACCCUGUAAAAUCCAGUUGAUUCGGUGCAUCAUGCUAUGAUAGGUCUGGCCUUUCACAAUCAGCUUCUAAAGAACGAUGAAGGAAUGCCUCUGGUCAUAGCAACUCUCCCAGUAAAGAUUUGCACUACAGAUUUUACAGAAAUGUAAAACACCGCUCGCUACAAUUGACUCUGCCACUCCAGAAUAAGAGUGACUAGUUGUCCCUGGCUCCCUGUUAGAAUAGAUAAACCGAACAUGCAUUCUAAGGUCAAUCGCAGUGCAGG